ACCCCAAACUUAGAAAUAUUAGAGCCUUUUGCUUAGCUCCCCCAAACAAAAAGCAACACAAGGUUAAAAUUUCAGCUAUAUAUACCCUCAAAAAAUCAGUUAACCAGAUAAAAUAAUCAAAAUCAAAGCAACAAUGUCACUCCUCCAUAGCAACUUCUGCUUCAACUCACCUCUUCCCUUCAAACCCAGAAAACACAACAAUAAUAAUCUCCUCUCAUUCUCAUCCUUCUUUCUCUCUCCUCCAAUGUCUAGAACAUUCAGGAACCUUCCAUUUAUAGCUUCUUCGUUAGAGAAUCCUCUGCAACCGGUUUCACUUGAUCAAAUUACUCCGCCUUUAUCAUCACCGUUGAUUUCAGCUACUGAUGUUGUCAGAAAUUUCUAUGGAGGAAUCAACCGCCAUGAACUUGCCGUGGUUGAACCCUUGAUUUCUGAAAGUUGUGUUUAUGAGGAUCUUAUCUUUCCUCAACCCUUUGUUGGUCGCAAGUCUAUCCUGGAGUUUUUUGGGAAAUUCAUAGAUUAUGUCAGCACAGAUUUGCAGUUUGUGAUUGAUGCUAUUUCUGAGGAAGAUUCGUCGGCUGUCGGUGUGACAUGGCAUCUGGAAUGGAACGGAAGACCUUUUCCAUUUAGCAAAGGUUGCAGCUUUUAUCAAUUGAAGGUAAUCAAUGGCGUUCGACAAAUAAUCUAUGCUCGAGACAGUGUGGAACCUGCAAUUAAACCUGGAGAAUCAGCUUUGACUGCAAUCAGAGGUGUUACAUGGCUGCUGCAGCGAUUUCCAAAGCUUGCAGAGCGGUUUUAAUAAAUGACCAUGGAAUCACCAUACGAGUUUGGAGUGAUUUUCAUGUUGGUCUUGCAACAUUUUGACAGAAACAGAGUGCAGGGACUGAUGCAUGCUCUGAAAGCAAUUCCUUGUAUAUUGCCAAUAUUGAUGAACAUAAUUAGGUUUGUAAUUGGUCAUAUACCACCGUCAUUUUGUAUCUUUAAAAAGUGAGAAAGGGGGUGUAUGGUGAGGUAGAAACCCUUAUAGAUCUUCAUGAAACAUUUUGCAUUGUAAUUCUUAUGUACAUUGCUCGUAUUAGAUCACAACUGUAAAGCGUAAACCAUAACAGAAUUUGUACAUACUGGCAUAUUCUAGUCUUUUAUAUACGUAGUAUAUUGGUUGAGUUCUUUCA